CUCAUGUACAUCAUCAAAUUAACAUGAAAACAAGUCGGUCCACUUUGAUUUUGCAAUAUCAAUUUUUUUUCUAUAUAUAAAAAAAAAUCUUGUUCUUUUUCGAUGUUAUGUCGAAUUUUUUUUUUAUUGAUUAAUUUCAUAUAUAAAUACACCUUAUUUAUAUACAAAUAAUGCCAUCUAUCGAUUGUAGUGAAUUGCAAAGAAAUUCGAUACAUUCAUAUGAUUUUGAUGAACACAACCAGAUUGAGUGUUUUGUGUAUGAAAAAUAUUUUUUCAACGAUUUUCAUUUAAUCAUUUGAUUCCAAAGACUGAACAUCAUCACACUGUUUUGAUUAAAAUUGCUACCAAUCUGUGAACGAUGUCUUCAACACAAACAUAUAAAUUUAAAGCCGAUAUUACUUGUCAAGCAUGUGUGAAUGCCAUACAAAAAUCAUUGAAAAAAACAUAUGGUGAUGAAUUACAAUCGGUCGAUUCGAAUGUCGAAAAUAAAGAUGUGACCAUUGUUUUGGUUCGUCAAUCCAAUAAUGAACCAUAUACCUAUGAUCAGGUAUAUGAAGCAUUGGCUAAAACUGGUCGUUCGAUAACCAAAUUGAAUUGAAUUGAAUUCUGUAUACAGCAUUCAUUUUCAAUCGGAUGAAUUUCUUUGUUGUUUUGGUUUUUAUUAAAUUUCCUUUUGAUUUCAUAAUUCCAAUUGCACUGAAAAAGAAAAUUAUUAUUUAUGAAUUUUUUUAACAAAUGAAAAUAAAACACAAACCAAUCUCUCUUUU